UCUCUCUCCCUCCUAUCUCUCUCUCCUCUCACAUGUUCUCUCUCCCUCUCUCUCCCACCCCCCUUUCUCCUUCUUUCUCUCCCUCUUUCUCAUGUUCUCUCUCUCUCUCUCUCUCUCUCUCUGUCACACCUAGGAGUAAUGUAGCAGCCAGUAGAUGUAACAGCAUGUUUUGUGAGGUUGAAGGAAACCGGAGAACCCUGAGGAAGCCCACAUAGACACGUGAGACAGUAACAGACAGUAUGAGAAGGUGAAACUUAUAAUCUAUAGUUACUGUUACUGACAGCCUUUAUGUAAUAAUUAUUUGUUUUGACAUGAUCAUAUUAAUAUUUAUUAGUUAGUUUCUGGAGUCACGCAGCAGCAUGACGGUGAAACCAGGCUAAAUGAAGCUGAAGUAUUUCUACUCUGUUACAGUUAAGUGUUAAUUCAGCUCUGGGUCGUGUUUACUUCCGGUCCCGGGAGCGCGUGAGAGCGUCCAAGUGUGUCGUCACGCUCUGGGCCCGUGCUAAAGCGCCGGAGUCCCCCCCUUUCGUUUUUUUUCUUUUCAAAGCGGUAUUAAAAAGAGCGCUGCGUGAGACAGGAGGAUUUUCUGCACCCUUUCUGGCGCUUGAGGGGAAUCUUAAAAAAAAAAAGAAGAAAAAAAGUGGGCAGGGAGUGCUCAAGGUUCGGCCGCGUGGCUCGUGCGCUCUCUGUGUCUGUCUUUCGUGCUGGACAACCCGGGAACCUUCCUCCUUCCAUCCAUCAGCACUUAAGUUUUGCAUCCGUGGUUUCGGAAAGAAGGAAAGGAGGGCCAAAGAAUAACAAACAAACAAAUAAACAAACAAACAAACCCACAAACAAAAAACUAAAGAUGCGCCUCGCGCGGUGAGGAGUCGGUGCGCGUCACCUGUUGCGGGAUAAAGCAUGGGAGUGCUGAGCACGGACCUGCGGGUCACCCUGCAGAUUCUACCAGGCUUCUUCUCCAACUGCCUCUUCUUCGUGCUCUACGACUCGGUGGUGCUCGUGAAGCGCGUCGUGUCGCUCGUGAGUCUCUCGUGCGGCGGCGGCGGCGGCGCGUGGCAGCAGCGCAUGCUCACCUCGGCCGGCGUGCGCUCCAUCUGGAACAGCUUUCUCCUGGACGCCUAUAAGCAGGUGAAACUGGGCGAGGCGGCUCCCAAUUCUAAAGUGGUGCAGGUUCCCGGGAUCUCCGGCUGCCACUGGAGCAGCGUGGAUGGAAAGACGACGGACGAGUGUCGCCUGCUGGACUUCGAAUCGUCCGAUCGGCCCUUGGUGGUCAACUUCGGCUCAGCCAGCUGACCCCCGUUCGUGAGCCAGCUCCCGGUUUUCCGGAGGCUGGUGGAGAACUUCUCGGACGUGGCGGACUUCCUGCUGGUCUACAUCGAAGAGGCUCACCCAUCUGAUGGAUGGGCGGGGCCGCCCAUGGAACUGUUCCCGUUCGAGGUGAAGAAACACCGCAGCUUGGAGGAGCGCAUGGUGGCGGCGCAGAGACUCGUCCAGCAUUUCUCUCUGCCGCCGCAGUGCCAGCUGGUGGCUGACUGCAUGGACAACAACGCCAACGUUGCGUACGGCGUCGCCUAUGAAAGGGUGUGCAUCGUACAGAAGAAUAAAAUUACUUAUCUGGGAGGGAAGGGUCCGUUUUAUUACAGCCUCAAAGACGUACAGAACUGGCUGGAACGGAGCUACGGGAAGCGAUAAUCAUCGAUGAUCGAUGGAAUAGUUUUUUUUUAAAAUAAAGGACAAAAAAGAAGACGACGCCCACUUUUAAACCUCUGCAGCCCUCGGCGGCGACGUGAACGAUCUCUGGAAAUCGUCCGAAUUCUCUGAAGAUCGUCAAGCAGGUUUCCCGAGUGGAAUCCGAGCGUUCUAAGCAACGACGCUAAACAAGAGACUAAAUCAAGCAUUGCACUUCGACUUUUAUACUUUGAUAGGACGUCUUUGACGAAAAAAACCCCUGUGUAUGCACUAUAAACACCUAUAAACACUAUCAAUAACCGAGUCGUUCGCAUUAAGACUAGUAUUAUAGCGUGUAAAUCUUUUAAGCUAAAUAACAUGCAUCGCUUCGCAGAACCAAACUGCCGAAACCCGGAAGAAAGCACAAGCUCACGGCUUUUAAUAUACAGAAGAAACAUAAUUUAUUUUUUGUGGAUGUUUAUGUUUGUUGUUUUAAAUGUGACAUGUUUACGUCCAGUUUUGUUUGAAGUAGACAAUCGUGCGUAGAACUCGCCGCUUUAGCCACGUUUUCAGCUUCUGCGUGUCUGAUUAACACUUUAGCACAUCUGCCCCAGGGGAAAAAAGUCACUAAUGGAAAUCCUGACUAAAACCCAAAUAUAAAAGAUAAACGCAUAUAUAUUUUUGAAAAUAAGUUUCUAUGAAGGCCACAUAUACAUAACAAACUAUAAACACAUUCAUAAGACGUUAUAACGCAUUUGUAACGAUCCGUAAUGAUGGGUUAAAGCAGAGCAGCUCGUAAAACACGCAAAAAAAACGCUUUUGCUUGAAGUCUCGGUUCUUCAGCCUUUAUUACUCUGUUACGUCUGUUAAUAAAGCCUGAAAGUCGACUACUUUUACUAGAAGUAUGUCAGAAUGUAUCUGUCAGUGUUUUACACUCAGUAACGAGUCCGUCGUUCUUUUAUUUCAUAUUUGCAAGUACAUUUAAAAAAAAUUUGGAUAGAUAAAAUACAUCAGAAAGCUUAAUAAAGGUUGCUAUAAUCUAUGAUUCAUAGACAUUCUCAUAAAUACAUUGGAACCUCGGUACACGAAUGCCCUCCCUUACAAAUUUUUGUCUUAAGUAUUGAAAUUUUGCAAGAAAUUCAGGAGGUGUACAAAACUUGUUAGCAUCAGUGGAAGCGAGUUUUUCGUAAAGCUGUUUGGAAAGAGUCAACCCACAAUACCGACGUCGCCUUCGGCAUGCGUUCAAAAGCUGUGUGAUUUUUGAGGCAUUUUUUUGUUGACAGAUUGGUGGCGUGGGCGGUCUGUUCUAUUUUUAGCCCCAGCUUGGUGGCACGACUUCCUGUGAGGAGCCUUGACAUGGAAUGCUUGGCUUGGGUCAGUUCUAUGUAAGCAGCCAUACAGUUUACAUACACUUCGUAUUGGUCAUAUUGGUCAUAUUUUUGGGCGACUGGAACGGAUUAUCUGCAUUUACAUUAUUUCUGAUGGGAAAAUUCGUUUAAGUACAAAUUUUCACCGAGGUUCCACUGUUAAUUAGAAAAAAAAAUGUAGAAUGAUUUAUAAUAAACAUAUUACAGCAUGUCAUGAAUGAAUUAAUGGCCUUCAUAGAGACUGGUACAGAUAUAUAUAUUUAUAUAUAUAUAUAUAUUUAAUUUUUAAAAAAAUUUUUUUAUUUUGUAAUAUAUGUCAGUUUCUUGACGAUCCUCAAAAAAGCACUAAUUUUUAAAAGGGAAUUUUUUAUGUAUUGUAUGUUUUGUUUUGGCGAAAAAAUUGGUUUGAUAUUUGAUUCAAAGCAGAUUUGCUCAAACAUUGCAUUUUGAAGGUAAUUAUUUAUACCCUCUCUCUCUCUCACACACGCACACACACACACACACACACACACACACACCUCUACAGACGUUCAUUUGUGUGUCAGAGACAAACCGGUGUGUGAAUGAAGGCCACUGACGAAAGGAUCCCUCAUUCCUGUCUGUGGUUGGAUGAAAGGUCACACCUCUUUGUCUGGAUGUGAAAUGAACGUUCCUGUAGAUGCUCCAGAUUCAGCAUUCCAGCAUAUUUACCACACUUCAUACACCCCCACCCCCCCCAUGCUGUGCGACCGGCUGCUUUCUUGCAAGUAUACACAAAUAAAGCUCAAUCUUUUGCUCAUGA